AUGGAAGACAAGUUAGAGAAAGAAAGAGCUGAUGCUAAGAAUGCUGUAGAGGAAUACGUAUAUGACAUGAGAGAUAAGCUGUCUGAAGCCUAUGAACCUUUUGUUAGGGAAGCAAAUCAGAUGAUUAUGGAAGACAAGUUAGAGAAAGAAAGAGCUGAUGCUAAGAAUGCUGUAGAGGAAUACGUAUAUGACAUGAGAGAUAAGCUGUCUGAAGCCUAUGAACCUUUUGUUAGGGAAGCAGACAGAGAAAAGUUUAGUAAAUUAUUAUCAGAAACUGAAGACUGGCUGUAUGAAGAAGGAGACGACCAGAAAAAACAAGUUUACCUUGACAAACUUACACAGUUAAAGAAUAUUGGUAUCCCAAUAAAAGACAGAUAUGAUGAAUUCCAGUACAGACCUGCAGCAUUCGAUGAAUUAGGCCAUGGUAUUCAACAUGUCAGGAAGUUUUUAGAUCUCUGUGCUCAGAAGGAUGAGAAAUAUGCCCACUUAUCAGCAGAAGAUGUAGAAAAAGUCUCCAAAUGUCUGGCAGAAAAAGAACAAUGGCACAAUAAAGCACUGAUGGACACACAAAAACAAAGUUGUUAUGAUCCUCCAAGUGUUUUAGCACAACAAAUUCGAUCAACAAAACAGGUAUGUUAG